UCCUUCAAAUCCCACAGCGACCACUCCAAAACAAAAGCGAAAAACCGAAAUUGUUGUUUAAUCAUUUGCAUUAGUGUGCCAAUGCUAAUGGGCAUCAAAAGGAGCUUCCUUUUUCGGAGAAGCUACGGAGGAGAACGCCUUGAGGAGGGGAAGAGAAGAACAGAACCCGCAUAAAUCCAAAGCCAGAGGAACCGAAAGUUGCCUCCUUUCUGUUGGGUCUCGAGCUUUGGGGGCUGGUCGUUGAUGGCGGACUCGGAGAAGAGAGAGAAAGCGGGAGGAGAGCGGGAGGGGGAGGAGGAGGAGGAGCAGAGACUGUUGAUGGAGGGGGUGACGGUUCUUGAUUUCGACAUGCUGUGCUCGACGGUGGCGUUGCAGACGCAGGGGAAAUGGAGGAAACUUGAGAGUGGUGAUUGUGGCGGGGGUGAUGAUGAGGAGUCGGAGCUUGGUGGUGGAGUUUUUAGGAUGUGGGAAGGUGAGGUUCUUGAUUGCUUCGAGGAUCGUCGUAUUGCUCUUCAAUCUUCAUGUUGUCCAUGCUACAGAUUUGGUAAAAACAUGAAGCGUGCGGGUUUCGGUUCUUGCUUUAUGCAGGGAACCUUCCACUUUGUUCUUGCCUUCUGUGCGUUCUUCAGCGUGAUUGCUUUUGCAGUAACCAAGCGACACUUAUUUCUCUACUUAGCAGUAGCUUUUGCCUUCUCACUUGCAACAUAUAUGGGUUUAUUCCGUACACAAAUUAGAAAGAAGUUUAACAUCAAAGGUACCGAUAGCUUUUUGGAUGAUUGUGUCUACCAUUUUAUAUGUCCAUGCUGUGCCUUAUGUCAGGAAUCCCGAACUUUGGAGAUGAACAAUGUCCAGGACGGAAUUUGGCAUGGUCGUGGCGACACAAUAUGUGUGGGUACUUACAGUGAAGAAAGCAAAGCAAUACUCGAGCUGAAUUCAAGCCCUGUCUCCGCGACCGAGUGCCCCGAACCUUGCACAAUGCAAAAAGACACUACAACAGGCUGAGAAUUUCUCAAAGCUUGUGAGAAGCUGUAAUCUUCUGAAGCAUCAGUCGGGUUAGCAGUCAAAGGAUUGUCAAGCAUGCUCUGUCAGUGUGAAGCCCAAGUUGCGCUAGUUUCUGGUUGUAGUCACUAGGAGGUGGCAGAUGUUGGCCAGGCAGUACGACCGCCAUUGAUUCAGGGAAAGCGAUUUGAAAAUGUCUUUUCCUCAUUAUACUCAAAAUUUCUCCCAGUGUAGGUGUGGAAAUUGAUUUCUUAGGAAUGCAUUAGUUCUGUAGAUUGAAGAAGUUCAACCCUUGUUACUUGGGUUGCAUCAGAUUGCUGUAUGGGGAACAAGUUCAUGGUGUAUAUCAAAGUCAUUGACAU